AUGGAGCUCGCGAGCGCCGCACGGCGCAAAGCUCCCUCCGACCGGAGCCUCGAACAUCGACUGAAGGCGCUCACUUCUUCCAUUGCUCAGGCUGGUCGGGUGCAGCAAUGGAAGAAAGCCGUGGCAUUGCUGGAUGAAGCGUGCUGCCGUCGCUUGCGAUUGAACAUCAUCGUCACCAAUGCCGCCAUGGCGGCCUGCGAGAAGGCCAAGCAGUGGCAAGCCGUGCUGGCACUGCUCAGCUCCCGAGAGUCCGACAUGGUCGGCUGGAACUCCGCACUCUCGGCCUGCGAGAAGGGAGGAGCAUGGCCAGUAGCCCUCAGCCUCUACGACGAGAUCGUGCAGAGGCACCUUCAGCCCGAUGCUGUGACCUUCGGUUUGCUUGUCCGCUUGGAGCAGGUGGCCGGGGGCUGGCUCGCCGCGCUCGGAGCUCUCUCGAACAUGCGCGCCGCUGGCUUCUGCCCAAAUGUGAUGAACUACGCCGUGGUCUUGCGGGCGUGCAAGGAUGCUGGCUCGUGGCAGGUUGCCCUGGCCCUCGUCUCCACCAUGCUCCAAGAAGGUGUCCGCCCGGAUGUCCUGGCCGUGAAUGCGGCCAUCGGGGCUUGUACAGAGACGGGAAGCUGGGAAGUGGCGGUUGGACUCUUCGAGUUGAUGCACAAGGAAGCCUUGGCACCGUCGACUGCAUCAGCCAAUGUCGUGAUGAAGAUUUGCGGUCAGGGCGGCGCUUGGCACGUCGUGUUCUUGGUGAUGGACGCGCUCAGUGCCGGCUUGGGCGAGGGCCGGGAUGCUGUGUCAUACGGUACGGCGCUGACAGCUUAUGGGAGAGCUCGCAGGAGCGACCAAAUUUCCCGUCUUCUCUCAGAAGUUGUGCAGGAGGACAUUUUACUCACAGAGGUAUCCUUCACAGCGGCCCUGACGGUCGCCUCGUGGACACAGGUGGUGCAGCUGUUGGCUUGCAUGGGCAGGCAAGGUCUGCGGCCUGGCCUAUCGCAUCUGACUUCGGCUAUGUUCUCUUGCACUGCAGACGGGGCGUGGCAUCGGGCACUUCAGCUGCACGAGAAGGCAGAUCUGCCGUCUGUGAAUGACAAUGCCAUCGCCCUCAUUGCUCUUCUGCAAGCCUCCCGCUAUGGUCGACCGUGGGCCGCCACCCUCUCUCUCCUUCAAGACGCAGGGCUACGCCCGAGUGCCCUAAUCAUCACGGAAGCGGGACGCGCUUUCGACUCGCACUCUUGGCCGCUCUCCAUCGCCUUGAUCUCUGCGGCACGAGCCCGGGGAGUUGAAGCAAACGAGGUCGGGCGAACCAUCGCAGCUCGUGCUUUCACUUGCGCAGGACUCUGGCAGCAGAGCUUGGGCUUUGCAGCGGCCGCUGGCUCCUGGUACCAGUGCGUUGCGCUCUUGGCAGCUGCAGCCCUGCGCCGUGUUUCCCCUCAGGGCUGCGCUCGGCCCUGGGAGAAGCCCUCUCCGUGGCGACAAACUCUGCAGUACCUUGCACGGCUAGUGGAGAACCCUUCAGAAGCACUGGACACCGGCCAGCGCUGCGUGGCAGCCUUUGCUCGUUCGGGAGAUUACGACGCACUGCAGAAGGUCUUCGGGCAGCUUCGCGCCCUCCGACUAGAGCCAGACGUCAUUCCAGCUUUCACGGCAUUGAGCACCUUGGCUCAAACCGGCGCCUGGCGCGAUGCCGCAGCUUUGCUACGGGCGCUGCGGGACGUGCAGGUAGAAGUGCAGCUGGUGGCUCACCAUCGCUUGCUAGGGGCCAUGCACAGCGCGGGCCGUUGGCAGGAGGUGGUGACAUGCCUGGAUGGCAUCAGGCAGAGCGGCUACCGCCCCGACAUCUUCAGCUUCGGCCUGGCAUUAGCAGCCAGGGAUCCUGUCAGCUCUUGGAGAGGUGCAGUAGCCUUCCUCGCCAUGCUACAGGACGAGACCCUGGAGGCCAGCCGAGUCGCUCUGGGUGCAGCCUCGCAACGUGCAGAGCGUGCCCAUCACUGGACUUUGGCCCUGCACUUCUGUGCUAGCAUGCAAGUUCAAAGCCUUACGAGCACCCGAGGCUUCAGUUCUGCCAUCAGCGCCUGCGAAAACCUUAGUCAGUGGCGACAAGUGUCCAUGCUUCUCCGGCACAUGAGCGGCACACAGCUGCGCCGGGAUGCAGUGCUUUGCAACGCAGCGGCCGCUGCAUCCUCGGGCGCUGGUCGUUGGGCCGAGGCACUGGGCUUGCUGAGCUCCGGCGUGCUACGAGACAAGACCGCCUGCGGGACGGGCUUGUUUGCCUGCGGCCGUACGAGAGCCUGGCAAGCGUCUUUGCGGUUAAUAACUUUGGCCACACAACACCAGGUGCAAGUCGACAUGCCCAGCCGCAAUGUUGUAGUUUCCUGCUGCGAGCAUGCCUUGCACACCAUCGGAGUUGUUGGCCU